AGCGGUUGCACAAAAUAAAGCCUUAAUAACUACAUAACGUCAUCCGUAUUUUCUUCUAAUACAUCCAUUUUUAAUCGACGAUAACAUUGGUCAAAAGCGAGCCGGAGCAAAUACCAUGGAUAAAAAAGUUGAAAAAAGCGAUGACCAAGAAGCGGUUUCAGAAAAGAAACUAAAUAAACUGAAAGGCUCGAUAAAAACUACUUUGAAAAGAAUCGAAAGUUUUAAUGCCGAAAAGUCAGCUUCCAAGGACAUUAACGCAAUGGAAUUAGAAGUGAAAUUAAGGAAACUUGGACAAUUGCAAGCACAGUUGGACAAGAUAUCCGAACAAUAUUGCGGUAUUGAAACGUCGGAAGAUAUAGAAACCAUCCUAGAAGAUAUUGAUCAAAUAAAUAUAAGGAUUGAAGAAACAGAGGUAGGUCUGAAAUUGCUAUUAAAUUCAAUUAAAGAUGAAUUUAAAAUUAACCCUGUUUCAAAGGAUAAUGCAGUAACUAAAAUCCGACUACCGGAAAUUCCAUUACCAGAAUUUUCUGGAAAAAUAGCUGAUUUUGCAAAUUUUAAAAAUUUAUUUGUUAAUUUAAUUAGCAACAAUGAGCAAUUAAAUGAUUCUCAAAAGCUGUAUUAUCUCCGUGCAUGCUUAAGAGGAGAAGCUAAAUUAUUAGAAUCGUCUAGUGAUAACUUUCAAUCACUCUUUAAAGCAUUAUCAGAUCGUUAUGAAAAUCAACGUCAAUUGAUAGACUCUCAUAUAUUAGAAAUAAUAAAUUUUGAGAAAAUUCGUAGCGAAUCUGCUAAAGAACCGUGUGCCUUAAUAGACUGCGUUAAUAAAAACAUCAGAGCGUUAAAGGUUCUUACAUUCGAACAAAAUAAGCUAUCUGAUUUAAUGCUUGUAAACAUCAUUCUACAGAAAGUAGAUAAAGAGACAAGGAAGCAAUUCGAGCUUUCUCUAAAUACGGCAGAAAUUCCUGCAUUUGAAAAUUUGAUGAAAUUUCUAGAAAAGCGAAGUUCUUUGUUAGAAAAUAUUAACCGUAUUCCUAGUAAAUACGAAAGUCCACAAAAUACGAGCAUAUUUAAAAGAGCGAAAACACUUAUAGUUAAUAAUAAAAAUUCCAAUGCUAAAGCUUGUAUUUUAUGCAAAAACUAUCACGCACUAUUUAGAUGCGUUACUUUUCAAAAUAUGUCUAUCGAUGACAGAAAGAACUUUGUUAGGAAUAACAAAUUAUGCAUUAACUGUCUUAAACCUCACCCGGGGAUCUGCAAAUCAAAAUAUUCUUGCAACAUUCCAAGUUGCGGUAAAAGGCAUAACUCGCUCAUACAUGAUGAGUCAGCUGAAAAUCGCGCUACCACUUCAGAUCCAAGGGCACGGGCGAGCGAAAGCCAAACAGAUGCAGAAACGAAACCGAAACUAAACGUACUAACCGAAGUAUCUGCUUUGACGUUGAAUGCGAGAGAGACUAAACAGGCGAUAGAAGGGAAUAAAUCAGUUAUAUUAAACACUCUUCUUAUUUAUGUGAAAACUGCAGAUGGUCGGAGAGUUCAAUUAAGAGGGCUCUUAGACAAUGCUUCGACUUUAUGUAUUCUUCGAGAAGAUGUAGCUAGAAAAUUGGGAAUCAAACUAAAAUCAAUAAAACAAGGUAUAACUGGUAUAAAUGGAAUUACGCAGUUUAUUAAACACGCUGCUAACAUUGAAGUAUCAAAUCGAGAUUAUUCAUUUUCACACAUGGUGAAAUGUUCUAUUCUUCCUAAAAUAACCGAUGAGAUUCCUGUAUCGAAAUUAAAUAUAUCUGCAUUAAAUAUUCCCUGUUCAAUUGAACUAGCUGAUUUCAAUUUCCACACACCAGGUCAAAUUGAUAUACUAUUAGGAAGUGAGCUAUUUUUUGAGAUUUUAAAACCUGAGCAACUUCGUCUGCAAAAUGGAGAUGUAAUAUUACAAAAUACUAAGUUUGGUUAUUUAGUUACAGGCAUUCUUCCCCAGUUACCUCAAAAAGCCAAUUGUUAUCUCGUAAGUGAACCAAAUUUAGAUGAAGCAGUUAAACAAUUUUUUGAAUUGGAAUCAUUGCCGGAUAAUGUUAAAGAAAUAACAAAGAGUGAAGAAGAAAUUUAUUGUGAGGAACAUUUUGUUAAAACCUAUAAAAGAGAUAAAACAGGAAGAUUUAUAGUUCAGUUACCCAUAAAGGAAAAUGCCGAAUCAUUACUAGGAAAUUCCAAAGAAAAUGCAAUCAAGCGCCUAAAUGGUAUCUGGAAUAAAUUAAACAAAAAUAAUACUAUGGAAAUCUUAUAUAAGGAAUUUAUGCAAGAAUAUGAGAGUUUAGAACACAUGGAGGAGAUAAAAAUUGAAGAUGAUAGCAAUGUGAACUAUUACAUUCCCCACCAUGCGAUAUAUAAACCUGAGAAAACGUCAACUCCCUUAAGAGUGGUUUUUGAUGCUAGUGCAAAAACAACAAGUGGAUAUUCUCUGAAUUCCAUUUUACUAAAUGGAGGUAUUAUUCAGCAAGAUCUUUUUUCCAUAGUAAGUAGAUUCAGAAAGCACAGAUAUGCAUUUAGUGCAGAUAUUAAAAAAAUGUACAGACAAAUACUGAUCGAUCCCACUCAAAGAGACUUACAGCGUAUUGUCUGGAAAUCAAGUGCUGAUGGUCCAGUGAAGAUUUACAAACUGUCUACAGUAACCUAUGGAACAGUUUCUGCGCCAUUUUUGGCUACCAGGACUUUAAGAGCUUUAGCAGAUGAGGAAAAAAAGGACUUUCCUAAGGCUGCAGAUGUGAUUUGUUCUGAUUUCUACAUGGAUGACAUUCUGUCAGGUGAUGCAACGCUAGAAGAUACUAAAAAUCUUCAAACCCAGAUUUCUGAACUCCUCGGAAGAGCUGGAUUUGAGCUUCACAAAUGGGUCGCUAAUAACUCUAAUUUACUACAAAACCUGUCUACCACAUCCUAUUCAUUUUCGAAAGAACAAGGUGUUAGUUCUGUAAAAACAUUAGGUAUGUUUUGGGAUCCAAAAGAAGAUUGCUUUACAUAUAAGGUAAAGAUCAAGCCUAAGGACUCUUUUUCAAAAAGGGAGGUGCUGUCAGAAAUAGCGAGUCUUUAUGAUCCACUUGGACUUUUAGGCCCUCUCAUUACAAAGGCAAAAAUAUUUAUCCAAGGACUUUGGAAGAUAAAAUUGGACUGGAAUGAAAAAUUACCAUCUGAUGCAAUGACAGAAUGGAAAAGGUUCUACAUAAAACUCUCGGAAGUAAACAACUUCAGAAUUCAAAGGUUUAUUCUACUUCCUGAUGCAAUUCGCAUUGAGAUUCAUGGAUUUUCUGACGCAUCAGAACGUGCCUAUGCUGCUGUUGUCUAUUUAAAGUGCUUCACCCAAUCUGGACAGUUUAAAACUAGUCUAGUGUGCAGCAAAUCCAGAGUGGCUCCAUUAAAGUCACUUACCAUUCCCCGACUUGAACUGUGUGCUGCGUUGCUGUUAUCUAGAUUAGUGAAAAAGAUAGUUCCAAUUCUGCAAUUACCCAUUGAUGUUAUCUCAUUGUGGACAGACUCUACUAUUGUUUUGGCGUGGAUCAAGACUGAGCCCUAUAAGCUAAAAACAUUCGUCAGCAAUAGGGUUGCGGAGAUCCAAACCCUCACAUCAGAUUGUCAUUGGAAACAUAAACUUCAUUUAAAUACAUUCAGACAAAUACGAAGGUUAGAAUCUACUGGACGUUCUCCCAUUUGCAGUCUUUUCAUGGAGGCCAUACAAGGUGUCUCUUCUAUAUCUGCAUAUGGUGUUAAGAAGGACUUUAUUCAGACUUUUGAAGAAAAAUUGGACAGAUGUCUUGUAUGCACAUUUAACACUUAUGUUUGCAAUAGGUGGCUUGCUUUUUGUUUAAAUACUCUUGGAAGUUCUAUUGUAUUCAUUACUACUAUAUUAGCCAUUCAGAAUAGAGAGGCCUUGACUCCUGCUGUUGUGGGUCUGAUUAUAACAUAUUCCCUUACAGUAACAGAUUCUUUGAAAUGGUUUGUUAGAACAAACUCUGAACUGGAAAAUAAAUCCAUAUCAAUCGAGCGAAUUGAGGAGUAUUGCAAUUUGGAACCAGAGGCACCUUGGGAUUUGUCUCAUGAAAAAUUAGCAAAUGCCUGGCCUCAAAAUGGCAUUAUUUGCUUUGAAGAUUAUAGUACCAAAUACAGAAAAAAUCUUGAUCUUGUGUUGAAAGAAAUCAAUUUUUCCAUUGAAGCAUCUGAAAAGGUUGGCAUAAUUGGACGAACAGGAGCAGGAAAAUCGUCAAUAACUUUAGCAUUAUUUAGAAUCAUUGAGCCAGUUUCUGGAACAAUAUUAAUUGAUGAUGUUGAUAUUACUAAAAUAGGUCUACACAAUUUAAGAACAAAAUUGACAAUAAUUCCACAGGAUCAAGUUUUGUUUACUGGAACUUUAAGAAUAAAUUUAGAUCCAAAUAAUGAACACAGUGAUGAUCAACUUUGGGACAGUUUGGAAAAAUCAUAUUUGAAGACAUUUGUGUCGAAUUUAAAUGAAGGCUUAGAAUAUGAAAUUGAAGAGGGUGGUUCUAAUCUUAGUGCUGGUCAACGGCAGCUGGUUUGCUUAGCAAGAGCCUUGCUAAAGAAUUCAAAGAUUUUAGUAUUAGAUGAAGCUACUGCCUCUGUUGAUAUGGACACUGACAAUUUGAUACAAAAUACGAUUCGAACAGCGUUUGCAGAUCGUACUGUGAUCACCAUAGCUCAUAGAAUAAAUACAGUAUUAGAUUAUGAUAAAAUUGUAGUUUUGGAAAAUGGCAACAUAAUCGAAGUUGGAAAUCCUUCAAACUUGCUUGAAAAUCAAAAUUCUAGGUUUUACUUAAUGAGCAAAGAAGCAGGACUGAUAUAAAUUAUUUAUUUAUUGUUAUUAAUAUGAAUAAAUUAUUU